UUUGAUUUUAUUUAUUUGCUCGAAGCAGCAACAUCAAAAACAACUAAUCCGCAUUUUCUUUAGUAACAAAAGAUACUGUGCGAAAAAUUUCAGAUAAACAACGCUUGGCGAAAUCUUAAUUAGAAUGAUGAAAAAGAGGUCUCCGCCGUGGCAAGUUCUUGAUCUCGUGGCCCACCGCCUCGACGCCGAAACCCUCGCCACCGCCGCCUGCGUAUGCAAAUCCUGGUCCACAGCCAUGUCCGCCGACCACCUCUGGCAGCCCAUCUGCUCCGCCGUCUACCCCUCUCUCUCCAACCUCCACCCCACCGGCGUUGUCCCCUACCGCCGGCUCUACGCCCUCGGCCGCGCCGCCGAGAAGCGCCGCCUCCGGAGCCCCCCCAAGCCCACCCUCUCCAUGCGAGACCUGGUCUUCGCAGUCGACGUCCAUAACGGCCGCGGCUGCGUGGCCACGGUCGUGAGCCCCGGCGGUGGGCUCCAGCCCAACAAGGGCAGCGGCGUGUUCCAGUUUGACAUCGGCGUGGACGGCGGCAACAUGGUGGCGUUCGAGGAGCUGGAUAGUUUGAGGAUCACAUGGAACGUGGUGCUGCAGGGGUUGAAGGGUGUGUUCACCAUGAUGGAUUGUAGGGGGAAGGGAAGCUUCGUUUUGGGCUUGGAGGGCUGGUUCUCCAAGGAGCUUCCGCCGCCUGGCUGCUGCUCCGGCGGCGCCGCCAGUGGGCUCGUGGCGGAUUUGAGGCUGGGGCUGAGGGAGAGCGUUGCCGGUAAGGUGGUGGUGGAGAAGAUAAGUGUGGGAGUGUUGAGUAUUGUGAGUUGGAGAUAUGUUUGUAUUGAUGAUGCUCUUAGGUAUUUGCAGCAUUUUCUUUUACCAUCUUAAAAUAAUUACUAACAAAGAGCUCAUGUUUGUGCAUAACAAAGUGUAAGAAUAGUUUGGGUCACUACUGAAAUUAAA